AUGACGGUCUUGAGAGGAGGAUCCCGAAGAGGAUCUGAGGAGGAUCCCGAAGAGGAUCCUGAGGAGGAUCCCGAUGAGGAGGAGCUCGAGAAUGAGGGCAUAUUUCAGGAUGCCCAAGAGACUGAUGAUGAUGGUCCUGCAGAGGAUGAGGGAGACCUCUCCGAAGAGGAACCUACUCCCCUUACCCCACCAGACUCACCACCGAGACCCUACUACCAGCCGUACCUUCUGCGCGGCAAGGGCCCUUACCUCCUUAGCAGGAGGGAUGCUACUGAUCUACCACCACGGUUUGAGGUUGGUGAAUCUUCACGAGCACCACUCAGGUUUAAUCCUGAGGAUGAUCCGAUACCUCGCUUGAUGACUCAGAUUGAUCAGACCGAGGAUAGGAUUAGAUCCUUGGAGCAGUUUGUGAGAGGUCCAGGCUCUACUUCCCUCGACCAUCGAGUUGAGACACUCGAGGAAGAGGAGAAGGAGAAUUCUGAUGCGAUCCAGAUAUUAUAUCAUCUCUCGGGUGCUGAUCAUGAUGCAGUGAAUGCCUUGAGUGCUCAGGUAAGAGCACAGAACUACCGGAUUCAGAUCAUGGAGAGCGAGCUUGCUGCGCAGCGAAAUCAGUUGGUUAUCUCUGCGCAGGAACGACGCUACAUCUUGGACCAGUUCGAGGACUUUGUCCUCUAUGUGAUGACUCGAUUUGGGAGGUAG